UUGUAUAUUUAGUAGAGACGGAGUUUCACCAUGUUCGCAACCUGGUCUCGAACUUCUGACCUCAGGUGAUCCGCCCAACUUGGUCUUCCAAAGGGCUGGGAUUACAGGCGUUAGCCACUGCAUCCGGCCAACUAAAAUUAAUUUCAACAGCAAGGAAUUUUCCUGGAUGCAAUUACUGCCCAAGGUUGACUACUCAGGGAGGUGCUGUUUCCCAGACUGUUGAGCUGCUCCAGCUUCACUGGCCAGCUUCCCCAUCAAACUUGGAAAAAAAGGGCCGAGAGUCAGAUGGAGAAAAGCUCAAGCCCCGCCCCCGUGCCGCCCCGGGCACCCCUCACAGCCAAAGCCUCUUCUGCCCUGCGCCCCGCCCCUCGUCCUUCGCGCCCCGCCCCGCCCCCGAUCAGGCCCCGCCCUCUUUUACGUCUUUUUCCGGUUCGACCUGGCCCCGCCCACCUCCUCGUGUGUCUGGCUGAGGCCUGGCGUCUGUCCUAUGCUGAUUGGCACAGGCCCGGAAGUGGAUGGUGUGGACUGAGGGCCACACCGUGGAUUAAUUUCCAAAAACUUGUGUUACGUGAGGAAGCAGCUCAGAAGAGGAAAGAAAAGGAGCCAGGCAUGGCUCUUCCUCAGGGACGCUUGACUUUCAGGGAUGUGGCUAUAGAAUUCUCUUUGGCGGAGUGGAAAUGCCUGACCCCUGCGCAGAGGGCUUUAUACAGGGACGUGAUGUUGGAGAACUACAGGAACCUGGAGUCUGUGGAUAUCUCUUCCAAAUGCAUAAGGAAGAAGUUUUCAUCAACAGGGCAAGGUAAUACAGAAUGGUUUUGCACAGGGACAUUGAGAAGAGAUGAAAAUCAUCACAUUGGAGAUUUCUGCUUCCAGAAAAUUGAGAAACAUAGUCAUGACUUUGAGUUUGAGUGGCAAGAAGAUGAGAACCAUGAAGCACCCAGGACAGAAAUAAAAAAGCUGACUGGUAGUACAGACUGAUAUGAUGAAAGGCAGGCUGGAAACAAGCCUAUUAAGGAUGAGCUUGGAUUAAGCUUUGAUUCGCAUCUGCCUGAACUCCACAUAUUUCAGACUGAAGGGAAUCUUGGUAAUCAGGUUGAGAAGUCUAUCAAUGAUGCUUCCUUAGUUUCAACAUCCCAAAUAAUUUUUUUGUAUACCCAAAACCCAUCUUCCACCGCGCCCAGCCCCCAUAUAUCUAAUAACCAUGACAAUAAUUUCCUUCAUUCUUCAUUACUUGCACAUAAACAGGAAGUACAGAGAGAAAAAUCUUUCCAAUGUCAUCAGAGUGGGAAAGCCUUUCAUUGUAGCUCAUUCUUAAGGAAAUAUCAAAUAAGUCAUUUAGGAAACAAACAAUAUGAAUGUGAUGUGUGUGGCAGGGUCUUUAAUGAGAAGCGAUAUCUUGAAAGCCAUCGUAGAUGUCACACUGGUGAGAAACCUCACAAGUGUAAUAACUGUGGCAAGUCCUUCAGUCACAAGUCAUGCCUCCAACGCCAUCAUAGAGUUCAUACUGGAGAGAAACCUUACAAGUGUAAUGAGUGUGGCAAGACCUUUAGUCAGGUGUCAUCCCUUACCUGCCAUCAUAGACUUCAUACAUUAGAGAAACCUUACAAGUGUCAUGAGUGUGUCGAUACCUUCAGUGUGAUGUCAUCCCUUCGACGCCAUCUCAGAGUUCAUACUGGAGAGAAAACUCACAAGUGUAAUGAGUGUGGUAAGACCUUCAAUAAGAUGUCAUCCCUUACAUGCCAUCGUAGAAUUCAUACUGGAGAGAAACCUUACAAGUGUCAUGAGUGUGGCAAGGCCUUCAGUCAAAAGUCAUCCCUUACAUGCCAUCAUAGACGUCAUACUGGAGAGCAACCUUACAAGUGCAAUGAGUGUAGCAAGACCUUCAGUCGAAAAUCAUACCUUACAUGCCAUCAUAGACUUCAUACUGGAGAGAAACCUUACAAAUGUAUGGUUUGUGACAAGGCUUUUGGGCGUGAUUCACACCUGGCACAACAUUCUAGAAUGCACACUGGAGACAAUCCUUACAAGUGUAUUGAAUGUGGCAAGACCUUCAGUAGUAAUUCCUCACUUGUAACUCAUGAGGUAAUUCACACUGGAGAGAAACCUUACAAGUGUAAUAAGUGUGGCAAGACCUUCAGUCAAAAGUCAUCCCUUAUGUGCCAUCAUAGACUUCAUACUGGAGAAAAACCUUACAAAUGUAAGGUUUGUGAGAAGGCUUUCAGACAAGAUUCACACCUUACACGACAUACUAGAAUUCACACUGGAGAGAAACCUUACAAGUGUAAUGAGUGUGGCAAGACCUUCAGUCGAAAUUCAUCACUUGUAAUUCAUGAGGCAAUUCAUACUGGAGAGAAACCUCACAAGUGUAAUGAAUGUGGCAAGGUUUUUAAUCGUAAAGCACACCUCAUAUGUCAUCAUAGACAUCAUACAGGAGAGAAACCUUAUAGGUGUAAUGAGUGUGGCAAGACCUUCAGUCAGGUGUCAUCCCUUACAUGCCAUCGUAGACUUCAUACUGGAGAGAAGCCUUACAAGUGUAAUGAGUGUGGAAAAACCUUUCAUCAGAUGUCAUCCCUUACAUAUCAUCGUAGACUUCAUACUGGAGAGAAACCUUACAAAUGUAAGGUCUGUGACAAGCCUUUCAGAAGCGAUUCACACCUAGCUAAACACAGUAUAAUUCACACUGGAGAGAAACCUUACAAGUGUAAUGAGUGUGGCAAGACCUUCAGUCAGAUGCCAAAUCUAGUACGCCAUUGUAGACUUCAUACUGGAGAGAAACCUUACUAGUGUAAUGAAUGUGGCAAGGUUUUUAACCGACAGGCAACCCUUGCAUGCCAUUAUAGACUUCAUUCUGGAGAGAAACCUUACAAAUGUGAAAAAUGUGACAGUUUUCACUCACAAAUCACACCUUGAAAUGCAGAAGAAAACUCAGUGAAGAGAAAGCUUACAGAUGUAAGAUUUGUGACAAGGCUUUCAUGUGUAAUGUAUACCUGGGAAAACAUAUUAGAAUUCACACUGGAGAGAAACCCCACAAGUGUAAUUAGUGCAACAAGUCCUUCAAUCAAAACUGAUUUCUUAAUUCAUAAGGUAAUUCAUGCUGGAGAGAGUCCUUACAAGUGUAAUGAGUGUGGCAAGGUUUUUAAUCAGAAAUCAAAUCUUGCUCGUCAUUAUAGACUUCGUGCUGGAGAGAAACCUUCCAAAUGUGAAGAAUAUGAGGUUUUCAGUCCCAAGUCACACCCUGAAAGACACAGGGUAAAUCAUACUGAACAGAAACCAUAGACAUCUGAGAUUUGCGACAAGGCUUUCGGGCAUGAUUCACACCUGGCGUAACAUGCUAGAUUCUCACUGGAGAGAAAACAUACACGGGUACUGAGUGUGGCCAAGCCUUCAGUGGACAGUGAGCACUUAUUCAUCAUCAAGCAAUCCAUGGCAUAGGGAAACUUUACUAAUGUAAAGAUUGUUCCAAAGUCUUCAGUAACGCUACAGCCAUUGACAUUAUUGGAGAAUCCAUAGUGGAAAGGCAUCUUACAAGUGUGGUAAAUGUGGAGAUUUUUUGAACAUCGUUGAUACCUUUCAGUUUAUCGGCCAACUCAUGCUGGAGAGAAACCCUACAAAUGUCAGGAUUGUGGCCAGGUCUUCAGUCAUACUUCCCCUUAUGCAAAACGGGAGAAGUUAUACAGGAGAGAAACCUCCCCAGUGUGCUCACGGUGGCAAGCUUUACUUCACAUUCACACGUCAUUAGACAUCAGAGAAUCCAUCCUGGACGGAAAUCUUACAAAUGUCCUAAGUGUGGCAUGGUCUUUAGUCCGAGGUCACUCCUUGCAGAACAUGAGAAAACUAAUUCUGGAGAUAAUUGUUCA